AUGAGCUGGAAAAGACUAAUCAGAUUUGUCGCUCGAGAUGGGAAGAUUUAUAGGGGAGAACCAAUUUUCACAGAUACGAAUUAUGAUGUAGGUAAAAAAUAUCUUGCUGGUGAUCAACUCAAAGCGAAAGUUAUAAAAGGAACAAAUAUUUUUGAAAACACAAUUGUCACAGACGAGAUUUUGGAGGUAGUAAAGUUGUUAGGUCCAUUAACCCCAGAAGAUGUCCCCAUUGUCAAAUGCAUUGGUUUAAACUACACGAAGCAUAUCGAAGAAAGUGGUAUACCAGCACCACCUUACCCUCCGUUGUUUUACAAACUUCGAACUUGUGUAGCGGACUUUAAUGAACCGAUCCCAAUUUCAAAAAUUGCUCAAGUAGAUCAAUGUGAUUAUGAAGGUGAAUUAUGUGUUGUCAUAGGAAAAUCUGGGAAAAAUAUUGCCAAAGAGAACGCAUUAGAAUAUAUUGGUGGGUAUGUUGUUGGUAAUGAUGUUUCUGCCAGAACUUGGCAAUUAGAUCCAAAAUAUGCAGGUGGGGCUCCACAAUGGUGUUUCUCUAAAUCUUUUGAUAAAUAUGCUCCCUUAGGUCCUCAGUUGGUUUCACCUGCUGUUUUAACAGAUCCCUCAGCUUUACAUUUACAAACUCGAGUUAAUGGAGAGUUACGACAAGAUUCCCCUACAUCAGAUUUGUUGUUCAACGUUUCAGAAAUAAUUGCCUUUCUUUCUCAAUCAACAACAUUAGAACGAGGCACAGUCAUAAUGACAGGAACACCAAGUGGUGUUGCAAUGGGAAUGAAAGACCAGAAAUAUUUACAAGAUGGCGAUGAAGUUGAGGUAAGUAUCACUCAAAUUGGUACCUUGGUUAAUAAAAUGAGAUUUGAGUAA